GAAAAGACCUACGCGUGACGUCAUCGACAACGAGAGGUGUUCACGAUCCUCGGAGAGAAAGAUCCCGCGCGCCCUGGCAACCUGAUAAACCCAGAGAGUCCAGCGAGGAGUGCAAUGGGAUCAGCGGUGCUCUGUCAGUGGAGUCUGUGCCGGGGCCAAGACUGAACUGGUGUCCUGCCAACACCACUACUCCUGCUCCAGCUCCAGCUCCAGCUCCGGGGCCCGAGCCCACGCCCUACCCUGUUAGAAUGGGGGACGGCCUGGAUGCAGCGCAGAUGUCGGGCAGCAGCAGCAGCCAGGGGCAGGCCCAGCAUACGGGCAACCCCCCACCCCCAGAGUACAUCAAUCCCGACAGGCCAAAGCGCCAGACCAAUCAGCUGCAGUACCUGCUCAAGAUGGUGGUGAAGGCCCUGUGGAAGCACCAGUUUGCCUGGCCCUUUCAUUCACCAGUGGACGCAGUCAAACUUAACCUGCCUGACUACUACACAAUAAUCAAAAAUCCUAUGGACAUGGGAACAAUCAAGAAAAGGCUUGAGAACAGUUACUACUGGAAUGCCCAAGAAUGUAUCCAAGACUUCAGCACGAUGUUUACCAACUGCUACAUAUACAACAAGCCUGGAGAUGACAUAGUCUUAAUGGCUGAGGCUCUAGAGAAGGCUUUCCUCCAAAAGGUCUCAGAAAUGCCUCAGGAAGAAACUGAGAUUGUUGUCAUGACAGGAAAGGGACGUGGCCGGGGCCGCAGAGACGGAGGUCUGAACUUGAAACCAGGGGCCAUCAUUGAUCCUUCGUCCACGACUCCUCAAACGCGUGGUCUGUCAAACCUCUCAGCAGCACCGCAGACCAGAGGACCAGUGCAGGGCCCGCCUUCACUACCUCCCCAGCCUUUGAUGCAGACCCUGCCGUCCCACACGUCCCACAUGCCCCCAACGUUAUCCAGCCAUGCUCCACAGCUUGGAGCUCCCUACUCCUUGGGCCAAUCAGACUGCACUCCUCAAGUUCCCAUCAUGACUUCUGUGCCUCCCCCUGCUCAGACUUCCCUUCCCCCAGCAUCCAUCCAGAGCACUGCCCCCAUGCUGCAGAACCCUAUAACCAUGACCAAACAAAGAAAGAGCCAGAAAAGGAAAGCAGACACUACAACGCCCACAGCAAAUGACCAACUGAGUGAGUCUUCACCAGCAGAGUCCAAAUCUGGGAAGACACUACCCAGGCGAGAGAGUACCCGGCCUACAAAACUGAUGAAGAAGGAUGCUCCAGACUCUCAGCAUCACAUAGGCAUGGGGAUGGGACUUAGCGGACCAAGUGGAGGUCAUAGCCCCAAACCACAGGAUCAGCUGGGUUACUGUGCUAGUCUGGUUAGAGAUAUGCUGUCCAAAAAACACGCUGCUUACGCCUGGCCAUUCUACAAACCUGUUGAUGUGGAUGCACUGGGACUACACGAUUAUCACGAUAUCAUCAAACAUCCAAUGGACCUCAGCACCAUCAAGGUCAAGCUGGAGAACAGGCAAUACCGGGAACCCCAGGAGUUUGCUGCUGACGUACGAUUAAUGUUUUCCAACUGCUACAAAUACAAUCCACCAGACCACGAGGUGGUAGCUAUGGCACGCAAGCUGCAGGAUGUCUUCGAGAUGCGAUUUGCCAAGAUGCCAGAUGAACCUGAGAGCAAGCCUUUGGUUUCUCCCCCAGCUCCUACACUUCACCAUCCUGCCCCUGUUAAGCCCCAGCCUCCUUUGGCCCACGUUGCCUCGUCUUCAGACAGCUCUAGUGACUCGUCCUCUGAGUCUGAGUCUUCCACGGAUGACUCUGAAGAGGAGAGAGCACAGAGAUUGGCAGAACUCCAAGAACAGUUGAAGGCUGUCCACGAGCAGCUAGCUGCCCUGUCCCAACCACAAGCGAGCAAACCAAAGAGAAAAGAGAAAGAGAAGGAGAAGAAGGAGAAGAAAAAAGAGAAGCAUAAGAAGAAGGGAAGUAUGCCUUCUCUUGUAGAUGAGAUCCAGGAUGCUACACCCGUUUCUCAGCUCUCUAAGAAGACCAAGACAAGUAACAAUAACAACAAAGAGGUUGUUCCCAAGAAGAAAUCCAGUAAAAAGGAAGGAAUGAAAAGCAGUCAUCCCUCCAACCUGCAGUCACUUCCCAGCCUGGAAGAUGACCUGGGGGCAGCUGGGUCAUCAGCUACAGGGGAAAAGUGCAAGCCUAUGACAUAUGAGGAGAAGAGGCAGCUAAGCUUGGACAUCAACAAGCUUCCUGGGGACAAGCUUGGCCGUGUAGUGCAUAUCAUCCAGUCCAGAGAGCCCUCACUCAAAAACUCAAACCCUGAUGAGAUUGAGAUUGACUUUGAGACGCUAAAGCCUUCCACUCUGCGUGAGCUGGAGAGAUAUGUGUCUUCCUGCCUCCGUAAGAAGAAAAAGGUUCCAGUUGAGAAGCAUGUGGAGUCCAUGGCUACCUUCAAAAAGACUGGAUCCUCUUCAGAGAGCAGUGGCUCCAGCACAGACAGUGAAGCUGAUGGGACAGGAAUAAUAAAGCAGCAGAAGAAGAAGGGCCCAUCUGUGAAGGAGGGGAAGAAGACGCAUCUUCACAUUCAAAGCGGCCCUCCUCAGGCUGUGCUUCAUUCCCAAGCUGCCGGCAUUCAGUCCAGCAGUCAGUUGAAGCAGCAGCAGCAGCAGCAGCAGCCAUCUCCUACAGGCUUCAUAGUUCCCCCUGUAGCUGCUCUGGAGUCUUCCCAGUUACUGGAGACAAGCUUUGAGUCCCUGCCGCCUUUCGGCCAGCCCCUCAUGCAUCUGUCUCACCAUACCGGCAACUCCUCAUCACCUGCACCUCCACACCUCAACGCUCAUUCUGCUGGUCCAGUGUCCCCUGAGACCCACCCCUUCCUCAACCAGCAUCCCAUCCUCCCAUCUCCAGCUUUGCACAGUUCCAUGCCUCAGCAGCCUUCUCGACCCAGCCACAAGGCAGCACCUCUUCAUCCCAAACCCCCUCAGCAGCAACCAGCACCUCCUCAGCAACAGCAGCCACCCCUGCAGCAGCAGCAACAGCAGCAACAACAACAACAACCACCGCAGCAGCAGCUCCAGCCCCAGUCAGCAGCACCACCACAGCACCAGCUCCCCUCUCAGAUCCUUCACCCUCCUCAGUCCUUGCACCAGCGGCCCAUGUCCCCUCCAACACUCACACCCCAGGGCUUGCUUUCUUCCCAGCCUCCCCAGAUGCUGCUGGAGGAUGACGAAGAGCCAGGCUCUGCAACGCCUUUGAACCAAGUACAAUUAUACCUACAGCAGUUCCAGCAAGCCCGUCAGCCCCAGCAGUCCAUGCAGUCGCUCCAGGCGCAGGCUCGUCAGCAGCAGCAGCAGCACCAACAACAACCACCAGGACAGACCUCUCUCCUGCAGUCUGUCCAGGGACAAUCUCAGCUUUCCUCUCAGACCACACUGCCUCCUCCACAUCUCCCUGUUCAUUCCCAGGCUCAGCCAGCCCCAUCACAUCAGGCCCCGCCCCAACAGAUGCCUCUACACCAGGCCCGCCACAUGCAGCACACUCAGCAGCAGCAACAGCAGCCACAACAGCAGCAACUGAACUACCAGCAGGGUCCUGGACUAGCUGGUCAGUCCCAGACAACACAACACAAAAUAUCCAUGCCCACCAACAAAGCACAGCAGAUCAUCCAGCAGCAAGAACAGCCCUCCCCUCGCCCGACCAAGGCAGACCCUUACAACACGGGUCUCAUGAGGGACAACCCUUCGCCUCUCAUGAUGCAUUCCCCUCAACUUCCCCAGUUCCCACCUGUGUCUCACCAGUCUCCACCUCACAACAUGCAACCCAAAAAGCAGAGACCCCCUGGGAGUCAAGUUGGGAUAAAGGAGGAGAAACUCCCUCCAUCACCAGUGAUGAGAGGAGAGCCAUUUAACCCUGCAAUGAGACCAGACCAUCACAAACAUCCUGACAUCAAACCUUCUCAACCAGGCCACGGCCAACAGAAUGUGAAGUCUAUGGACAGCUCACGACCUGUCAUCCGCUCCUCUGAGCCCAGUGGGCCGCCCUCCUCUCUGCAAGACAAGGAUAAGUUCAAGCAGGAGUCCAAGGCGCCCAUUGCCCCCAAAAAAGUACAGGAUGUGAAACUCAAGAAUAUGGGCUCAUGGGCCAGCCUGGCACAAAAGUCCACAUCUACGCCCUCAUCUGCAGUGAAGUCAUCGAGUGACAGUUUUGAGCAGUUCCGUCGUGCUGCCCGGGAGAAGGAGGAGAGGGAGAAAGCCCUGAAGGCCCAAGCCGAGCAGGCGGAGAAAGACAGACUACGCAGAGAGCAGGACAAACUACGGGGCCGAGAUGAAGAGGACAUCAUGGAGCCAAGCAGAAGGGUUCACGAAGAGCCACGCAGGCGUAUGGAGCAGCAGCACAUCCAAGCUCCUUCACAACAACAACAACAACAACAACAACAGCAGCAGCCGCAGCCGCAGCCGGAGCCCCAGCCAGCCCCCAUUCAGCAGCCUCCUCAACCCCCCACACCACCACAGGCUGCCACACAGAACCCACUAGACACACAGAGGGAGCUAGCACGUCGCAGAGAGCAGGAGAGGAGGCGGCGAGAAGCGAUGGCAGCAACGAUCGACAUGAAUUUCCAAAGUGACUUAAUGGCUAUCUUUGAGGAGAACCUGUUUUGAGGAGAGCAGCAACUGAAACGCAACUGCAAAAAAAAGAAAAAAAGAAAAAAAACUUGAAUGAUGUAAACUUCCUCUAAAGAGAGGUUUGGCGACCACGCACCACGGAGGGACACAGACUGUACGUAGAUGUGACGGGCCCUCGGGGACUGAGUACAAACGCUGGAUGGGCAGUCAGCUUGCUUUGUCCCACCAUCACCCUCCUCCUCCCCUUGCGGAGUGAACACACGGGGAUAGUCUCAUUGUUUCGGAUGUCAUUUCCUGGGAAUUCGGCUUUGCCUCCCUGAUAUCUCAUAACAGGAGAAAGAGGACCCCUGUUGGCACAGUUGCCUUUGUCACACUUGCUUCUUACAGCGUGCGUGGGCGCAACAAUAAACUGCAAGAGUAAAGACAUCCCAAUAUCUAUGAAAAUGCUCUGAUAAUGUACUGACAGACUGCGCAGAGGUGUUUUGAAGCUGCCAGAUGUCUGAGGUGGUGAAGAAGACUGGUCUUUUAUGUUCUGUUUCGUUUUGAUUGUUGUAAGUGAACACAUGAAAUGGUUGGGGGCAACUUCCAUACUGUAAAUCAUGUAUAUUUCUCAGCAGAGAAGGUACAGUUUGCCUUACACCUGUUUCCUAAACAGACCAUUAUGUUCUGUGGCCUGCACACAUGGACAAACCAAUAACAUUUACAACCAGGAGUAGGAGCUGUGCAGACCUUUUUUUCAUCAUCUAGUAUCUACUGUAAAGAAGUAUUUUCUUAUACUACAAUAACUGUUUAUUUUGGAUCUUUCUUUUAUUUUUUUUCCUCUUUAGGUCUUUUAAUCUUCACACCAACACACUCCACCACCUAUGUCUAUGCCAAACAACCCAUUAUCUUUUAUGCUAAAUUAAUUGUCCUGAAACAUGAUAGGUAGCUAGUGACAACAACAACAAAAAAAAACCCUGAAUAUAUGCAUUAUCAUAGUUCCAACAAGUAUAUAUCAGAGACAGAAUCAGUUGAAGUUCUCAUCCUGCCUUGUAUUUUUCAUUCAAAACUACAGCAGGAACUAGCAGAGAAGGGAAAGGUCCAACCGUUUCUGAGCUUUAGUUGGAAUAUGAUUUCACUACAAGUGUCACACCAUUAUUUGUAUUACACUUUGAGACAAGAUGUUUGAAAAUGUCCAUAUUAUUGGCCUGUUCACAACAGUCACACUACUGGAUCAGUUAAGAUAUGAGAAGAUAAGGAGCCCCUUGCUGUUUCCCGCUGCGUGCGCUUCGAUCUUACCCAAAGGUUUGAUCAAACGCUAACGGGCCGAGUGCUCGAGGCAGAAAGUGGACGGUCAGGGGCUUCAAGACAAACACUUGACACCUUUAUGUAGCGGUUACUUGAAUCGGGUUAGUAACAAUAGCUGAAGGGACUAAAAGGAGCUCCCAGUUAGGUUUUGUUUUUGUUUUUUUUUGCAUCAAAUCGUCUUCUAAUUCACUGAGGGCACACUGUUGACAGUACAAAAUAAAAAAGGCAAACAAUUA